AUGGAUUUUGCGUCGGCGUCAGGUGUUGUUUUCGCUGUACUCGCCUUCAUACUCUUCACAUCGUUAAUCGGCUAUGCUAUUUACCUUUAUAAGACCAAGUCAACGGCUUACCUAAUCCCCAAAGAAGUCUACGAGUGGACCGGGUACACUUCGGCAUGCACCGGCCCUGGAAGCAAACAUCUCUCGUAA